AUGGGCAAAAUCCCAGAUGCAAUUGGUAGACUAUCCCGCUUGAGGAUCUUGCACUUCUCUGGUACUCGUAUUUUGGGUUUGCUUUCCACGAUCACUCAUCUCUCUUGCCUCGAAGAGUUACGUGUCCAGGAUUGUUGGGAUCUUACGGCUAAAAUCCCAGAUGCAAUUGGGGGACUAUCUCACUUGAAGAUCUUGAACUUCUUUGGUACUCGUAUUUCUGGUUUGCCUGCCACGAUCACUCAUCUCUCUCACCUAGAAGAGUUACGUGUCCGGGAUUGUGGGGAUCUUACGGGUAAAAUCCCAUAUGCAAUUGGCAAACUAUCUCGCUUGAGGAUCUUGGACUUCUCUGGUACUCGUAUUUCUGGUUUGCCAGCCACGAUCACUCAUCUCUCUCGCCUAGAAGAGUUACGUGUGGGGGAUUGUGAGGAUCUUACUGGUAAAAUCCUAGAUGCAAUUGGCAGACUAUCCCAUUUGAGGAUCUUGGACUUCUCUGGUACUCGUAUUUCUGGUUUGCCUGCCACGAUCACUCAUCUCUCUCACCUAGAAGAGUUACGUGUCCGGGAUUGUGGGGAUCUUACGGGUAAAAUCCCAUAUGCAAUCAGCAAACUAUCUCACCUGAGGAUCUUGGACUUCUCUGGUACUCGUAUUUUUAGUUUGCUUGCUGGGAUCAUUUAUCUCCAUCACCUAGAAGAGUUACGUGUGGGGGAUUGUGAGGAUCUUACGGGUGAAAUCCCAGAUGCAAUUGGGGGACUAUCCCACUUGAGGAUCUUGGACAUCUCCGGUACUCGUAUUUUCGAUUUGUCUACCAUGAUCACUCAUCUCUCUUACUUAGAAGAGUUACGUGUCCGGGAUUGUGGGGAUCUUACGGGAAAAAUCCCAAAUGCAAUCAGCAAACUAUCUCGCUUGAGGAUCUUGGACUUCUCUGGUACUCAUAUUUUUGGUUUACUUGCCACGAUCACUCAUCUCUCUCACCUAGAAGAGUUACGUGUGGGGGAUUGUGAGGAUCUUCCGGCUAAAAUCCCAGAUGCAAUUGAUAAACUAUCCUGCUUGAGGAUCUUGAACUUCUAUGGUACUCGUAUUUCUGGAUUGCCUGCCACGAUCACUCAUCUCUCUCACCUAGAAGAGUUACGUGUCCGGGAUUGUGGGGAUCUUACAGGUAAAAUCCCAUAUGCAAUCGGUAGACUAUCUCACUUGAGGAUCUUGGACUUCUCUGGUACUCGUAUUUCUAGUUUGCCUGCCACAAUCACUCAUCUCUCUCACCUAGAAGAGUUACGUGUGGGGGAUUGUGAGGAUCUUACGGGUAAAAUCCCAUAUGCAAUUGGCAGACUAUCCCACUUGAGGAUCUUGGACUUCUCUGGUACUUGUAUUUUUAGUUUGCUUGCUACAAUCGCUCAUCUCUCUCACCUAGAAGAGUUACGUGUCCGAGAAUGUGAGGAUCUAACGGGCAAAAUCCCAGAUGCAAUUGGCAGACUAUCCCACUUGAGGAUCUUGCACUUCUCUGGUACUCGUAUUUUGGGUUUGCUUGCCACGAUCACUCAUUUCUCUUGCCUAGAAGAGUUACAUGUCCAGAAUUGUUGGGAUCUUACGGCUAAAAUUCCAUAUGCAAUUGGGGAACUAUCUCGCUUGAAGAUCUUGAACUUCUCUGGUACUCGUAUUUCUGGUUUGCCUGCCACAAUCACUCAUCUCUCUCACCUAGAAGAGUUACAUGUCCGGGAUUGUGGGGAUCUUACGGGUAAAAUCCCAGAUGCAAUCGGCAGACUAUCUCGCUUGAGGAUCUUGGACUUCUUUGGUACUCGUAUUUCUGGUUUGCUUGCCACGAUCACUCAUCUCUCUCGCCUAGAAGAGUUACGUGUGGGGGAUUGUGAGGAUCUUAUGGGUAAAAUCCCAUGUGCAAUUGGUAGACUAUCCCGCUUGAGGAUCUUGAACUUCUCUGGUACUUGUAUUUCCGGUUUGCCUGCCACGAUCACUAAUCUCUCUCACCUAGAAGAGUUACGUGUCAGGGAUUGUGGGGAUCUUACGGGUAAAUUCCCAUAUGCAAUCGGUAAACUAUCUCGCUUGAGGAUCUUGGACUUCUCUGGUACUCGUAUUUUUAGUUUGCUUGUCGGGAUCAUUUAUCUCCAUCACCUAGAAGAGUUACGUGUGGGGGAUUGUGAGGAUCUUACGGGUGAAAUCACAAAUGCAAUUGGGGGACUAUCUCGCUUGAGGAUCUUGGACAUCUCUGGUACUCGUAUUUCUGAUUUGCCUGCCAUGAUCACUCAUCUCUCUCACUUAGAAGAGUUACGUGUCCGGGAUUGUGGGGAUCUUACGGGUAAAAUCUCAAAUGCAAUCGGCAGACUAUCUCGCUUGAGGAUCUUGGACUUCUCUGGUACUCGUAUUUCUGGUUUACCUGCCACGAUCACUCAUCUCUCUCACCUAGAAGAGUUACGUGUGGGGGAUUGUGAGGAUCUUACAGCUAAAAUCCCACAUGCAAUUGAUAGACUAUCCCGCUUGAGGAUCUUGAACUUCUCUGGUACUCGUAUUUCUGGUUUGCCUGCCACGAUCACUCAUCUCUCUCACCUAGAAGAGUUACGUGUCCGGGAUUGUGGGGAUCUUACGGGUAAAAUCCCAGAUGCAAUCGGCAGACUAUCUCGCUUGAGGAUCUUGGACUUCUCUAGUACUCGUAUUUCUGGUUUGCCUGCCACGAUCACUCAUCUCUCUCGCCUAGAAGAGUUACGUGUGGGGGAUUGUGAGGAUCUUACAGGUAAAAUCCCAGAUGCAAUUAGCAGACUAUCCCACUUGAGGAUCUUGGACUUCUCUGGUACUCGUAUUUCUAGUUUGCUUGCCACGAUCACUCAUCUCUCUCACCUAGAAGAGUUACGUGUCCGGGAUUGUGGGGAUCUUAUGGGUAAAAUCCCAGAUGCAAUUGGGGGACUAUCUCGCUUGAGGAUCUUGGACUUCUCUAGUACUUGUAUUUCUGGUUUGCCUGCAACGAUCACUCAUCUCUCUCACCUAGAAGAGUUACGUGUAGGGGAUUGUGAGGAUCUUACGGGUGAAAUCCCAUAUGCAAUUGGGGGACUAUCCCGCUUGAGAAUCUUGGACUUCUCUGGUACUCGUAUUUUUAGUUUGCCUUCCACAAUCACUCAUCUCUCUCACCUAGAAGAGUUACGUGUCCGAGAAUGUGAGGAUCUAAUGGGCAAAAUCCCAGAUGCAAUUGGCAGACUAUCCCGCUUGAGGAUCUUGCACUUCUCCGGUACCCAUAUUUUUAGUUUGCAUGCCAUAAUCACUCAUCUCUCUUACCUCGAAGAGUUAUGUGUCCGAGAAUGUGAGGAUCUAACAGGCAAAAUCCCAGAUACAAUUGGCAGACUAUCCCGCUUGAGGAUCUUGCACUUCUCUGGUACUUGUAUUUCUAGUUUGCCUUUCACAAUCAUUCAUCUCUCUCACCUAGAAGAGUUACGUGUCCGGGAUUGUGGGAAUGUUACGGCUAAAAUCUUAAAUGCAAUAUGGGGACUAUCUCGCUUGAGGAUCUUGGACUUCUCUGGUACUCGUAUUUUUGGUUUGCCUGCCACAAUCACUCAUCUCUCUCACCUAGAAGAGUUACGUGUCCGGGAUUGUGGGGAUCUUACGGGUAAAAUCCCAGGUAUGAUUGGCAAACUAUCCCGCUUGAGGAUCUUGGACUUCUCUAGUACUCGUAUUUCUGGUUUGCUUGCCAUGAUCGCUCAUCUCUCUCGCCUAGAAGAGUUACGUGUGGGGGAUUGUGAGGAUCUUACGGGUAAAAUCCCAGAUGCAAUUGGCAGACUAUCCCGCUUGAGGAUCUUGGACUUCUCUGGUACUCGUAUUUCUGAUUUGCCUGCCACGAUCACUUAUCUCUCUCAUCUAGAAGAGUUACGUGUCCGGGAUUGUGGGGAUCUUACGGGUAACAUCCUAGAUGCAAUUGGGGGAUUAUCCCGCUUGAGGAUCUUGGACUUCUCUGGUACUCGUAUUUCUAGUUUGCCUGCCACGGUCACUCAUCUCUCUCACCUAGAAGAGUUACGUGUUCGGAAUUGUGGUGAUCUUACGGGUAAAAUCCCAGAUGCAAUUGGAGGACUAUCUCGCUUGAGGAUCUUGGACUUCUUUGGUACUCGUAUUUCUGGUUUGCCUGCCACGAUCGCUCAUCUCUCUCACCUAGAAGAGUUACAUGUGGGGGAUUGUGAGGAUCUUACGAGUAAAGUUUCAAAUGGAAUCGGCAGGCUAUCCCGUUUGAGGAUCUUGGACUUCUCUGGUACUCGUAUUUCUGAUUUGCCUGCCACAAUCACUCAUCUCUCUCAUCACCUAGAAGAGCUACAUGUCCAGGAUUGUUAG